CCAGCUUCUUCAUAUAAUCCCCAAGAAGAAGAAGAGAACAGAAAGUGGUGUUUCAUCCAAAGGUCUUGCAAGUGCCCUUCAAGCAAACUAGCCACGAAUAUGGUCAACCCCGGUCUCCUCAAAACCGCAGCUCUGGCGGUGGCCAUCGUGUACAUGGUGGUGGCCAACGUGCCUCCGGCCACGCCGCAGAUGUCCUCGUGCAACCAGGUGGUCAACAGGCUGAUGCCGUGCGCAUCCUACGUGGUCAACGGCGGGGGCGUGCCGCCUGCCUGCUGCAGUGGGAUCCAGUCGCUGAACUCGGCGGCGAAGACCACGGCCGACCGGCAGGGCGUCUGCAACUGCCUUAAGUCCGUCCUCAACGGGAUCCCCUCCAAUGCCUACAACAUCAGCCUCGCAACGGGCCUGCCGGCCUCGUGCGGGGUCGACAUCCCUUACAAGAUCAGCCCCUCCACCGACUGCAAGAGCGUGAAGUGAGAGCAAGAUGGAACUUAGGCAGGACGAAGUGCUUCCAGUUCUAAGGGCGGGACAUGGAUCAACAUCAGAAUAAGAGGAACUACCGUUGCCUUGCGUCCGGUUUUCUCUAGUUACGAUAGUAGUCGUUGCCGCGUCGUUCUGGAUCUUGUGUCGAGCAGCGAUGCGAUGCAUUGUGUAAUAUGGUCCGAUGUGUUCUCGUCCUAGGCCAUCUAUGGAUAAACUACAUUGUGCUUUUUGAAUGUUAACGUGUUUUCUGUGCUUA